AAAAAAAAAACCAAAAAAAAAAAAUCAGGCCACUGUCACUGUCUUUAACUGUUGCUGCCAUUAUUGCCACUGCUGAUUGUUAUUGCUGCUGCAUUUUUUUAUUUUUAUUUUUUUCCUUUACCGCCCUUUCCUUCCCUAUCAGAAAAAGCUUGGACGGAUUAGCACAUAAUUUACAGUUACCCGUCCUUCUCUAAACCUCCUUUUCUUUCGUUCUGGAACUUCACCCUUCAAUGAACGGAGCAGCACCAACAUCAGGAUCUUCAGAUGAACAACAAAAUGCUCAUAAAUAUGUCCCAUCUUAUAUAAUGCAUAAUGGAAGACAAUUACAAUAUAUCCGUUCAUGUUUCGCGGCAAUUGCAGGAUCAGCAGCUGGUAUACUAGGCUUGACCAACCUUUCGGGCUUUCUUUUUUAUGCACUAAGUUGGAUCGUGCUGUCCUUGUUACUCAUCGUAAGAACAUCAGGAGGGUCAAGGUUUUUUGCUCGAGGAUACAAAGCAUUCUUAUUGGACGGAUUAUUCGGUAGUUUAUUGUCGUACAUUUUAUUUCACACUUUAGUCUAUGGUCUCGUCCAUUUAUAUCAGUAAUAAACGAGAAGAGAGGAAAAUGGGUAUCUUUGUUGCAUGAAAAGAGGGGAAAAAAAG